AUGGCCACCCCGCGCAAACCACAACCACCCCUCUCCGCCGUCCUCCCGCCUCUGGUCCUCGGCACCGCGACAUUCAACUACCAGUACGUCUCGGACCCUUCGCGCAUGCCCUCGGUCGACAUCGUCUCCCGCGCCCUCUCCCUCGGCGUAAACGCCUUCGACACAUCCCCCUACUACGGCCCCUCCGAGUCCAUCCUCGGCGACGCCCUGCGCUCCCUCUCCCCUCCCCGCGAAUCCUACUUCCUCGUCACCAAGGCAGGCCGCAUCGGCCCCUCCGAGUUCGACUACUCCCCCGCCUGGAUCCGCUCCUCCGUCCUCCGCAGCCUCGACCGCCUCAACACCCCCUACCUCGACCUCGUCUACACCCACGACGCAGAGUUCGUCUCGCCCGACGACGUCGUCGCCGCCGUCCGCGAGCUGCGCCGCCUGCGCGACGAGGAGGGCCUCAUCCGCUACGUCGGAAUCUGCGGAUACCCCGUCCCCGUCCUCUGCGACCUCGCCGAGAAGAUCCUCCGCGACACCGGCGAGCCCGUCGACGCCGUGCAGUCCUUUUCGCACUUUUGCGUGCAAAACGACUCCCUCGCCUCCGACGCCGUCCUCGCCCGCUUCAAGAACGCCGGCGUCAACAUCCUCACCAACGCGAGCAUGCUGAGCAUGGGUCUCUUGACCACCCGCGGCGUCGACGACGGGCCCAUGUCGUCCUGGCACCCGGCCCCGGGUCCCCUUCGUAAGGUGUGCAAGAGCCUCGCCGCAUACGCAGAGGCCGCGGGCGAGAAGAUGGAGGACGUCGCCCUGUACUGGGCCAUGGCGAACUGGGCCCGCGUCGGCAGCCCAUUCGGCACGGAGCUGCUGCCGCCCACGUUCACGGGCCCCGCGAGGGUCGGCGUCAGCGUCAUGGGCGUCACGUCUGUUACAGAGCUUGAGGAGACCUGGGCAGCCUUCCAGAGCGUCCUGCGAGAGUUGUCCGGCACCACCACUGAAGCCGACAAGACGGAGUACCAGGGCUCCGUGGUAAGUCGUCACGAGAAGAUCCAGCGUCUGGUGACGGAGCAAAUGCGGCCGGCGCUGGGAGAGUGGCGGAACUACAGCUGGGCCAGCCCCGGCGAGGAUUUCGUGAACCAGCCGACCCAGGCCUCCGCUGCUGCUGAAACUAAUGUCGCCUCCAUUGCUGCCGAGCCGCGCUUGUGA